CGAAUAUAUAUAUUUUUUAUUAUGUUUUAUUAAGUGUUGUCUUUGGAAAUAGACUCUUUAAAACGCUUCAAUCAGCCUUCAGCUCUAGAUCAGUCCGGAUUGAUCGAACGAAGUUUAGUUUAAAACUGGUUCGAAUGCUUAAUCAUCGAUGCCCAGGGUAGCCAACCUAAAUAUGGCCGUCUUGCUUAUAGUUAUGGUAUAGCCAACAUAUGUUAUAAUAGCUUUCAAAUUAUUCAUCAUAUAAAAUUUUCAUAUGAAAUGUUCGGUAGAUUUUACUUUAGCAUCGGGAUUUACGCCAAAUAUUUCUACGACAGCCAGAGAAAUGGAUUUAAAGGCGAACAAAUCACUUCUCUGUUUAAAAAAUUAUCGGUCAUCACACGAUGUCCCAAAAGUUUGGCUUUCUUACUUGGACUGAGUUUUUUUGAUUGUGAAGACGAUUCGUAUCUGUCUUUCGAAGCUAAGAAUGCUAUAAGGCCAUUCAUCAUAGCAGGAAACAUGAAAAUGAGCGGAAAUAAAAAGGAUAUUGAAGAGCUAUUAAAAAAUCUAAAAGAUGUCGAUAUAUUUCCAGAAAUCGAAAUCAUAUUGGCUCCUCCUUCUGUGUAUCUUGAAUUUUCGAAGUCUAAGGCGCCAAGGAAGAUUUCAUUAGCAGCUCAAAACUGUUAUAAAUUUCCAUAUGGCAGUUAUACCGGUGAAAUAAGUCCAGCAAUGCUCAAGGAUUUAGGGGUUCAAUGGGUCAUUCUCGGCCAUUCUGAAAGACGCCAAAUAUUUUGUGAAAAAGAAACUUUGAUUAGUGAAAAAGUAUGUCAUUCUUUGUCCCAAGGCAUGAGUGUUAUAGUAUGUGUUGGUGAAACUCUCGAAGAAAGGGAAAAAGGAAUGUCGGAAGAGGUUAUUUACAAUCAGAUGAGUAGCUUGUGUAUGUCCGUUGUAGAUUGGACCAAAAUUGUUAUUGCUUACGAACCAGUCUGGGCCUAUGCUGAAGGGAAAUCUAUUACGCUUAAGGAGGCCCAAAAGGUUCAUUCGCAAAUACGCAAAUGGCUUAAAAAAAACAUAUCGCCAACUGCUGCACAAAUCACACGCAUUAUUUACGCAGGUCCUGUUACAGAGAAAAAUUGCGUUAUGCUGGCUAAAAUGAAUGACGUGGAUGGGUUCCUUCUUGGUGAUACUGCAAUUGAAAAUGAUGAUUUCAUCGAUAUUAUUUAUGACUCAACGUCAUUCUAAUUGCCUUUGGGGUGUUGGUGUAUAAUCCUUCUAUUUCAUGAAUAAAAUAAUAAAUUAUUUUGUAAUGAUUAUUUUU